AUCGUGCACACCCCAUACAUUCAAAGAUCCUACACAGACGCCCCAGCACUUUCAGUCGAAUGACGCUAAUAUUCCCAAGUUGAAACAAGGAGAAAGAAGAAAACAACAGCUACACACACAAGAAACCACCGAAAAUGAAUGACGAAUCGCAACUCACAGCCGCGGAGAAGGCUGAAUACACCGCCGACAUUACCGCCUGCAACGCCGCGGAAGCAUUCACCGACGCCUACUACUUCGCUCUGCAAAAAGACCGCCAGAACAUCCCAUCGUUCUACUGCCCGCCACUGGCCAACGGCGAUCAAUCGGUUCCGUUCAUCGCAUGGAACGGCGAGGUCUUCAGCGACGUUGUCGCCCUGCAGACGCGCAUCCAGACACUCCCACACACCUGGUUCGAUGUCGAAAGCCUGGACUGCGACGUCCUAAACCCGAAAUUCAUCCCGGCGAGCGAAGUCAAGAACGGCAGCGGCAACGACGACGAGGACCUGCACCGCCGGAUGUCGAUCACCGUUGCGGUCGCCGGCGCGAUCAGGAUGGAGGAGCAGUUCAAGGGGCCGCUUAGAGAGUUCUCGGAGACGUUCGUGCUGGUUCCCAAUCCCGAGAAGUUAACUACCAAGGCCGUCCAUUUCGACAAGGGCUGGCAGAAAGAAUGGUUGAUCCAGUCGCAGAACUUCAGGUUCACUGAGUGGAGCGCGAAUGAGCUGGUGGAUCCUGCCGAGGCGAGUGUGCCCAUGGAGACCGACAAGACGAGGGUCAAUGGCGGGAAGAACACUUUCAGGGGAACGAACAAAGGCAUCGCUGGACAGUUCGCCGCGGCAGGAUUGUUGAAGGGAAAGGGAAAAGCAUGAAGGAAUGAAAUCAUCUUGAUUCGAUAGCAUAGCGAUGGAUUCACUGGCCUAGGAGGUACGAAAUACGAAAAUGUCUGGUCGGUCAGCUUUUGCUUUUUAUUUUUGGUUGGGAACCUCCACUGCAUCCGUGUGUCAACGCACCACACACGAUCAUCACAUUGUAUAGAUAGGCGAUGUCUGUUUUGCGAAAGCAGACUGUGAAUACCUAAAACUCCAUAGCUACCUAGCUAUUAUUUUGAUGUGAUGAUGGUCAGUGAGUU